ACUGCUAUCUGAGCCGCGAUAAGCCCGUGAACGGCGGCGCCGCGCCACUGCGACAGUCUGCCGGUGAACCCAGCCACUGCGCUACCGCCAUGGCCACCGACAGAAAACCCAUCUGCCCUCGUCUGGCCGACUACCUGGUGAUUGUUGGUGCUCGCUCGCCCUCCAAAACGUCAGUGGUGCAGACACCCGAACUGCUGCGACGCUAUCCGCCGGACGAGCACGCUGAUUUUCCGCUGCCGGCCGAUGUGGUGUGUUUCUGCCAGCCGGAGGGGUGUGUCUCGGUCGGCCCCAAGAAAACGGUGCUGCGGGAGGCGGCCAGCUUUGUGUUCUCGCUCACCGAUAAGGACUCAGGGAAAACGCGCUACGGCGUCUGUAUCAACUUCUACCGGCCGGUGGAGCGACAUGGCUCGGCAAGACGGGCCGAGAGGGGCUCCAGCACCAAACGCAGCUCGUGGAGACAGAGCCUCAACCGCAGCACCGACUCCGCCUUCUCCAGCGACCACCGGUCGACUGUAGCCCCCUCCGACUCGGACCGCGACUGCUCCAGCCGCCGGAACAGUGAGACUUCCGGUGGCCCGUCGGCCGCCCCGCCGGCGCUAGCCGCUCGCCUGACCGUCGGCGGAGGGCCCGGUCAGCUGCCGACGCUCGGCUCGCCUCGGACGCAGCGACGUAGGCCGAGAAGCCGGCACCACACUCUGACUUCGCUGUGCAUCAUCUCGCACCAUCCCUUCUUCUCAUCAUUCAGAGAGUGCCUUUACCUCCUACGCAAGCUGAUCGAUGCUUGCAACGAGAACGCCUCGCCGAAGCGCGUCGGCGCGUCGCGGGGCAACCAGAGGGAGUCGGUGUGGUCGGUGCUGACGGGCCGCAGUCAGGAGCCGCUGCCGGCCAUCCUCCUCCACGACGUGCGAGAGAUUGAGACCUGGAUCCUGCGCCUGCUGUCGGCGCCCGUGCCUGUCCCCGGGAAAACCAGGGUCGAGCUCGAGCUGCUUCCUCCCGAGCUGCACCGCCCGCUGACGUUCGCCCUGCCCGACCACACGCGCUUCUCCUUGAUCGACUUCCCGCUGCACCUUCCGCUGGAGCUGCUCGGCGUGGACGUGUGCCUCGAGGUGCUCACGCUCAUCAUACUCGAGUAUAAGUUGGUGAUCCAGUCGCGCGACUACAACGCGCUCACCAUGUCCGUGAUGGCUUUCGUGGCGCUCAUCUACCCGCUCGAGUACAUGUUCCCCGUCAUCCCGAUGCUGCCCACCUGUAUGAGUUGUGCGGAGCAGCUGCUGCUUGCGCCGACUCCGUACAUCAUCGGAGUGCCGGCCAGCUUCCUGCUCUACAAGCGACACUUCAGGUUGCCUGAGGAUGUCUGGCUGGUGGACCUCGAUAGCAGCAAGGUGAUCCCGCCCAACUCGCACGAAGAGCUGCCGUCGCUGCCGGAGCCGGAGACCUCCGUUCUGAAGAACCACCUACGACAGAUUCUUCAGUUUCCAAUGAUGAUGCCGACUGACGAGAAUGACAAUGUUUCGCACGCGCUGAACAGCAUGGCGAUCCCGCCUCCCCUGAGGCCGGGCGAGAGACCGGUGCCCGAGCCUCGCCGGCCGUCAGUCGCCACUACCGGUUACAACCCACUCAUCUACGGCAAUGACGUCGAUAGCGUCGACGUCGCCACGCGGGUUGCCAUGAUUCGUUUCUUCAGCUCGCAGAACCUGCUGGCCAACUUCACGGAGCACACGCGUACACUGCGGCUGUACCCUCGGCCGGUGGUGGCCUUCCAGAUCAACUCGUUCCUGCGCUCGAGGCCCACGACCAGUCCCUUCCUCGGCCAACUGGCCAGGACCCAGGCGGUGGAAUACCUAGCCGAGUGGGCGCUGUCGCCGACAAAUGCAGCCUUCCAGCGAGUCCAGACGGGCGUGUACGACCCCACGCUGAUUGGCGACAAGCCCAAGUGGUACGCGCACCAGUUGGAGCCGAUUCAGUUCGCUGUGAGCCGGCCUGCCAGCGGUCUGGGUGCCGCCCUGCGCGCCGCAGACCAGUCGGAAAGUGUGCCCACUGACGAGUCGGGAUCGGACUCGGACGGAGCCCCCUCCUCGGGCAGUUCGUUCUCGUCUCUGAGCGACUUUGUGUCCGAGAUGCAGCUCUCUGACCUGUCACCAGCGCUGCUGGAGCCACCAUCGGGCGGCCUGCUCAGCGGCAUCGACACAAAGUCUGUCUACACACCGCCGUCCACUCUCCUGGUGCCCGCCUCCUCUGACUCGGCACAUCAGUCCUCUGAUACGUCCUCCACACGGUCCUCACUGUCCUCUCAGGACGGCGAGGACGGCCGCGGAGUCGCCGAGGACCCCCACGAAGAGCGGCACGUGUAUCCCACGCGCACGGACGCCGUGGACCGUCUGGACUCGCUCUCCAUGGACUCUGACACGGCUUCGAUCGCCACCUCUCCGCGCACCGUGGUGUCCACGCGCCGUCACAGUCCGACACCGUCGCUCUCCUCGUGUGCCAGCUCCAACACGCUCAGCUCGGAGCCGCCGCCCGGCCGGCCGCCGCGGCUCUCCACUUCAGCGGCGGUACCGCCUCGCUCUCCAACACCGAGUCGCAGCGUCGGCAGCUGCAGCUCACCGCUUCCCGUACCGCCACUGACACCUCGCCAAAGCUCCCAGGCGGGCUCCAUGUUUGACCUGUUGGUCGGCAGCCCCGGCCGAGCGCGAGCCGCCCGACAGGCCAGCCAGGAGAGCCUGGCAGAGAAGCUGGGGCAGAUCAAGAGCAAAGUCUCGGAGAAGGUGGAGGUACUGCGACACUCCAGCGGAGAGGAAGGCGGCAUUCUUGAGCACGCCGACAAGGCUCGAAAGGAGGCUUCUCAGUCAGUUCAGAAGGCCCGUCAGCUGACUCGUAACGCCCGCACCGCCUCCAAAACGACCCUGGAUGACCUGACGUUUGCCGGCAAGACGCGUCUGGGUGAGCUGGGCCGGAGCGCGCGGCAGGCGUCCGUCAUGCAGCGAUUGGUACCGGUGACUACCGUCACCAGAGAGCCCAGGGAGGCGUCGCAGACGCGACACCCGGUGGGUCAGGACGGCGGUCUGGUGCGACACGACACGCUGGGGCCGACCAGCGACGCGACCAGUCCCGGCGCCUCCCGGCGCUUCCUCAGCAACGUCAGCAGUGAGCUGAACGGCAUCGCCCAGCAGACGUCCAGCCUGCUCAGCACCGUGUUCGGCUCGCGCUCGCCGCCCAGCCGGCCGGCCUCGUCACCAGUCCCGGAGCAGCGUCCCGUGCCUCCCCGACCCGUACCCCUGGGCCCGUUCCCCCGGCCCCACCGACGUCCCUCCGUCCGGUCCACCCUGGUCCAGCCGCCGACGCCGCAGCCGCCGACGCCCCGCACCGCCCGCCAGCUGGAGGUCGACUAUGAGCAGAGGAACACGACCAGCGCCGAGAGCCAGGCUUUUCUCAAAGAGGUUGUGCAGCAGGUUAUAGACGGUGAGGGUCUCGGCUGGCUGAAGCUGAACCGCGUCAAGAAGCUCAUGGAGGACGAGAACUACCGCAACCUGGUGGUCUCCCGUCUGAACCAAACUCUCGACAAAAAGAUCGGUCCUGACGACCACAUUGAGGACGUUUGUGUCACCCGCACCGUGUGGCGGGGGAUGCUGAAGCUCCUGCUGGCAGUGGUCAGCGGCCUGGAACACACCUACAGUGAGCAGGGUCUCGGCGGCAUGGCCUCCGCAUUCCAGGUGCUGGAGAUCGCGCACACGCACUACUGGAGCCGCGACCUGCACGAGACCACCGGGCUGAUGGCCGGAGGAGUGUCGGGUGCGUCCAGCCCGUUUGGAAGCCGGGAUAACCUCCGCUCGCCCAUGUCUCCUCAGGGGUCGCCGGCAAUACGCGGGAAUCAUCUGGACGUAACUCCGGAUGUGUCGCGGAAGUCCUCGUCAGCGUCCGUGUUCAGUGAUUAUGGCGGCGGUCGAGGUUUGGCUCACGACACUCUACGCAGUCCAGACGAGCACUCGACGGCCGACGCACUCAGGGAGCUACUCGUACAGAAGCGGCAUCAACUGAUGGGUAAACUAGCGUCAGUCGACUCUGAAGGGGGUGGCGAGGCGGCGCGAGGGGGCAGCGAGACGGGAAGCAUCGUGACCAACGCGGCCGCGUUCCGAGCGCGCCUCCAGCAGGGGGUGUUCCGACCGGCAGUCAGUGACUCGGAGCUGGAGGAGCCGCGUCCGCCCCGCUCCCGUACCGCCAGUGUGUGGUCCUCUAAGUCGUCUCUGAGCACGGGCUUUCGGUACCACGCAGGAAGCAUCAUCAGCACACCGUCACCAGAGGGAGCCGGCAGGAAUUACCUGUUUGAAGGAAUGUUGCGGAAGGGCCGCUCGAUUCUGUGGGACCAGGCCCAGUUCUGGGAGGACGCCUUCCUGGACGCGGUCGCUCAGGAGCGGGACAUGAUUGGCAUGGACCAGGGGCCCGGCGAAAUGAUGGAGAGAUACAGCACACUGUCAGCCACGGAGCGGAAGCGACUGGAACACGACGAGGACCGCCUGCUCUCCACCAUGCUCUACAACCUGACCGCCUUCAUGGUGAUGCUCGACGUCAACAAGGACGACAUGAAGCGAAAAGUCCGGCGCCUUCUCGGCAAGAGUCACAUCGGACUCGUCUACAGCCAGGAGGUCAAUGAACUGCUCGAUCAAGUCGGCAACCUGCACGGUAACGACAUCGACCUGCGACCUCUGGGCUCGAGACAGAUGCACCGUCAGAGUUUCACCGUGCACUGUGGCACAGACGGCUCAGGCGAGCUGAUGUUUCUCGAGGUGCGUGAUGACGGACUGGUGCUACGGAGCGUCAACGGCGUCAUCGUAGAGCGCUGGUGGUUCGAGAGACUCGUCAACAUGACCUACUCGCCCAAGAACAAGAUUCUCUGCCUGUGGCGGCGCAACGGCGGCAAGACGCAGCUCCACAAGUACUACACCAGAAAGUGCCGGGACCUCUACUACUGCGUCAAAGAGGCGAUGGAGCGGGCUGCGGCACGCGGCGCCGGCGCAGCGCCCGGGCUGGACCUGGGCGGAGAGUUUCCCGUCCAGGACCUGACCACUGGCGAGGGAGGCCUGCUUCAGGUCUGCAUGGAGGGCGUCGGCCUGCUCUUCGCCACGUCCAAGUUCUUCGUCCGGUUGGACCACAUCAGGAAAUGCUUCACGCAGAAGGGAGGAAUCUUCGUGCUAGAGGAAUUCAAUCCCAAAACUCGGCAGAUAUUACAGAGGAAAUAUAAAUCGUCGAUGGCCGAUCAGAUAUGCUACUCGGUGCUAUGCGUCUUCUCCUACGUGGCUGCCGGGUCAGAGCAGAAACGACACCUACAGCAGCGACUGGCGCCUGCCUCCUGAACCUGUCGCCCUCCUGUCAGCUCUUCUCCAGGGCGCUGCGGCACUUCCAACAGCAUGAUCAGACGGCUGCGUCAGAGGAGCGGUGUCCCGAGUUGAUCAGUGAUCACCUCGGGACACCGCUCGAGGUGAUCACUCGUGAAACCAUAUGAAAGUGCUUCUUUAUCAGCGAGCGAAAAAGAAGCACUUUCAUAUGGUUUAAAGUUCGACUCGGGCAAAGACCAAGUAUCAUUAGUUGAACACGUUGCUAAAAAUUACAAAAAUAACGAUACUAAUGUUGACAAGGGCUUUGUUCAGGGAGUAGUGACAUGUUGCAAGAUUUUGGCUGACAAAGAGAACAGCAGCCUGCCAAGAAGAUAUCAUGAGGCACUAGAUUCACUAGCCAAGGACGAUUCUAUUAUCAUUACUUCAGCAGACAAAGGUGGGGGUAUCAUCGUCAUGGACAAGAAUGAUUACUUAGAGAAAAUGAAUGAACUUUUGAAGGAUAAGGUAUAUGAAAAGAAAAAGACAGGUUAUGCAAAAGCUGAAGGAGAAAAAUUCAAUAAAGAGGCUCGAAAAAUUCUUAAAAAGUCUGAACAAGGAAAACAACUACUUUACACAUUGGAACAAGAUCCUUUGCCACCUAAAAUGAGAGGGCUCCCAAAGAUUCACAAACAGGGCAUACCGAUGCGCCCCAUUACGUCAGGCAUUGCAAGUGCGCCCCAUAGGUUAGCUAAGAUACUAGCCAAACCGUUGACAAUGACUCUGGGAAGCUUAAGUGACGCUCACUUAAGGAAUUCAGGGGACCUCAUUGAGCGGUUAAAACAAACGCAAUUUAACGGGAAAAAACUAGCGAGCUUUGACGUCAAGGCGCUAUUUACAAACGUCCCUAUCGACGGCGCUAUAAAGGCGAUUGAAAAAGCGCUGAACGGCCUAACUGAAGAUUCAUUACCAUUACCAAAAGAGGAUUAUCUGUCUUUAGUAAAGCUCUGCCUCAACUUUCAUCCGUUCAUCUUCA